AUGGAAGACAGAGGAUCUCGGGUUGCUGACUAUUUUGUGGUGGCGGGAUUAACUGAUAUUUCCAAACCACUUGAGGAGGAAAUCCAUUUCAACGAUGCUUGCCAUAAGCUUGCAAAGCCCAAAGAACCCAUCACAGACGUGGCGGUGAUAAUUAAAUCUCUUGGGGAAGAGAUCCCUCCCGGAUACAAAUGCAUCGAUGUCACUCCGUCAGGACUGUCUGCUGAUCUCAACAAUGGCAGCCUCAUGGGGCCCCAAAUAUAUAUGUGCUACAGGAGAGGAAGGGAUAAGCCCCCACUUACGGAUCUGGGGGUGUUGUACGAUGGGAAAGAGAGGUUAAAACAGGGCUGUGAGAUCAUUCAGACCACCCCAUCUGGCCGCCCUGCGAAUAUCAGUAGCGGUGCCUCGUCCCAGAAAGUUUAUCUAACCUAUCGAAGAGCUUUGGAGAAUAUGACCCAGAACACGUUGGCGGUCACCGACAUCUGCAUCAUUAUCCCAAGUAAAGGGGAAACCCCACCACACACCUUCUGUAAAGUUGACAAGAAUCUGAACAAUAGUAUGUGGGGCUUAGCAGCCUACUUGUGUUACAAGAAAUCUGUAGCAAAAACCAACACCAUAUCAUACAAAGCAGGUCUCAUAUGCAGAUAUCCAGAGAAAGACUACGAUUCGUUUCCUCUACCAGAGUCGGUCCCUCUCUUUUGCUUGCCAAUGGGGGCAACCAUUGAAUGCUGGCCUUCCAAUAGCAAAUAUCCCCUCCCAGUAUUUUCUACGUUUGUGCUCACUGGAGCCUCAGCUGAAAAGGUCUAUGGUGCUGCUAUUCAGUUCUAUGAAACGUACUCUGAAGAAAAUCUGACCGAAAAACAGAAAUCUCAGCUGGGAUUCAUGGCCCCACCCAGCUCCAAAACGGUUCAAACUAACAAGUGCAUCUGCCUUCUGUCCCACUGGCCGUUCUUCGAUGCCUUCAAGAAAUUUCUCACUUUUCUUUACCGCUAUUCAAUAUCUGGUCCCCACGUCCUUCCUAUUGAGAAGCAUAUUUCCCAUUUUAUGCACAAGGUUCCUUUUCCGUCUCCACAAAGACCAAGGAUUUUAGUUCAGCUAUCACCCCAUGAUAAUCUGAUUCUUAGUCAGCCCAUAUCAUCACCUCUACCGCUGAGCGGAGGGAAGUUUUCUGCUCUUCUGCAGAAUCUGGGACCUGAGAAUGCUGUAAAUCUCCUGGUUUUUGCAGUGACGGAACAUAAAAUCCUCAUCCACUCCUUACGCCCUUCGGUCCUCACCAGCGUAACCGAAGCUCUGGUCUCUAUGAUAUUUCCUUUCCACUGGCCGUGCCCGUACAUUCCUCUCUGCCCCCUGGCCUUGGCUGAUGUUCUGAGUGCACCGUGUCCAUUCAUCGUAGGAAUUGAUUCCAGAUAUUUUGAUCUUUAUGACCCUCCACCAGAUGUUAGCUGUGUUGACCUAGAUACAAACACCAUUUCACAGCCAGGAGAUAAGCGAACAAUCGCAUGGAAGAUCUUGCCAAAGAAACCUUGUAAGAAACUGAUGAGCACUCUAAAUCACUUGUACCAGCAGCUGGCAGCAUUGCAGCAAAGACCACGAGACGAUGCUUUAAUGGAGCUGGCUAUGAAUGACUACGAUGUUCAGUCAGGCUCAAAGCUGCAUCUGUUAGAUGUAGAAAUUCAAGAGGCGUUUCUCACUUUUAUGGCUUCGAUCCUAAAAGGUUAUAGGUCCUAUCUGAGGCCUAUUACGCAAGCCCCUUCAGAGACGGCAACCGAUGCGAGCUCCCUCUUUGAAUUGCAAGGAUUCUUAAAAAGCCGUGAUCGUUCACAUCAAAAGUUUUACACAAUGAUGACCAAGACGCAGAUGUUCAUUCGCUUCAUUGAAGAAUGCUCUUUUGUUAGCGAUAAAGAUGCAAGCCUUGCCUUUUUUGAUGACUGUGUGAAUAAAGUGGAUGUAGACAAGACAGGGGACACGCGGCUUAUAGAACUUGAUGAGUCCCACAAGAGCGAGCACACCGUCUUCAUAACACCCCCCGAGAUUCCUCAUCUGCCCAAUGGAGAGGAGCUCCCAUAUCAAUACAGCUACAAUGGAUUUCCGGUACUAAAGCAAAAUUUAUUUGAACAGCCAGCAGGACUUUUGACAAUGCAAAACAGCAAAUUGUCUUCGAAAGCCAGCAGCCCAAACAGUCCUUUGCCAGUGUUCAGGAGAACAAAACAGGAAAUCAAGUCCGCGCACAGGAUGGCGAAGAGAUAUUCCUCCAUCCCCCAGAUGUGGUCCAGGUGUUUACUACGCCAUUGCUACGGCCUGUGGUUCAUCUGCCUGCCUGCUUAUGUCCGCGUUUGCCAUUCCAAAGUCAGGGCCCUGAGGACGGCCUACGAUGUGUUGCGCAAGAUGCACAUGAAAAAGAUCGAGCCACCUGACGAGGUGUGUUACCGGGUGUUGAUGCAGCUGUGCGGGCAAUAUAGUCAGCCCGUCUUAGCCGUAAAAAUCCUUUUUGAGAUGAAGAAGGCUGGCAUCGAUCCUAACGCCAUUACCUAUGGUUAUUACAAUAAGGCUGUUUUGGAAAGCAGUUGGCCAUCGAGCAAUCGAAGUGGCUACUUCCUGUGGACCAAGAUAAGAAAUGUCAUUUUAGGAAUAACUCAGUUUAAAAGAGCUCUAAGGAAGCAGCCUGCAAACGGAAUCCACAAAACUCUAUCUGGGGAACAUUCUGAUCUCUUAUAUAAGUUAUCUAAAGAAGCAGUUAAGCAAGGGAAAACAAACAUCCAGAAGAGUAUCGACCAGAGAGAUGAGAAAAAAGAGAGUGACUCAAGUUCCUUGUCCGAAAUUGAGAGUGGAAAGGGAAGCGGUGAUUGCCUCCCAGCGUUAAAUUAUCAAAAUUCCAAUUGUGUCACGCUCGGUUCAAGGAUUGUUCGUGUUAAUGACACAACUGGCAAAAUAUCAGAUGGCACAGGAGAUGGAUGCCGCAUAGAUACCUCUGCGGGAUUGCUCUUCUCUUGUUUUGACAAUAUCAAUAAAACAGGAGCCACUAAAGCUGAAAAGCUGAGAAACAAGCAUUUAAAUGCAGCUGAAACCGAACACAAAUGGAUGGUUUGGCGAAACAGGAAAUUGAGUGGAGAUGCUUUAAUGGAGCUUAUGAAGAAUCAGAUUAAUCAGGAAGCCAGACCGGAAGAAAUUGUGGAAAAACUGGGCGUGGAUGCCAAAAUCCUUUCUAAGAUGUUUGAGAAAAGAAUGAGGCCAAAGACUCUCAAUCUCCAACCAGCUUCUUCGGGAGCCGGUCGGAAGAUCAAUCUGGAAAAAGAAUCUAGUGAUGAAGACACAGCCUACGAGAACGGCCUUGUGCUUAAGAUAGAGUCUCCGGUUAUAUUUGAUUUGGAAGACCUGGAUAAUGAACCCGUCCCGGUGAAACCUGCGAAGCUGAUGCAUAAAAAGCCCAAGAAGGUUCAGCGGGCUAUAAGUUUUCCGCUGAAGCCCAUCGAGAAGGUUAACAUUGAAACCGGCUUUGAUCCACUCUCCUUGUUGGCAGCUGAAAAGGGGCAAGGGAAGGAAGAGGAGGAGGAGGAGGGGGAGAAGAGGGUCUCCACCCCAUCAGCCAGGCGCGAUUUAGCGGAGGAAAUCGAGAUGUACAUGAAUAAUAUGAGUAGUCCUUUAACAAGCCGGACCCCCAGCAUCGAUUUGCAAAAGGCCUACGGCGACAAGAAUCCCAACAGAAAGAGUCCAACCUUAGGCCAGCCGUGCCGAAGAUCUAGCCUCCCUCCAAACUCACCCAGGUCAAUAACGCUCCCCAAAUCCAAGAGCUACCAGGUCAAAAAUGAAAGAGGGAGGGACCGGCUUUGGUCCUCUCCCGUGUUCUCUCCGAACAAUUUGUCAAGGGGGCAGUCUCAAGACAUGGCUGAUGCAGUAGCACUCGCCUCUCCAACCUCCUUCAACCUGGACACGCUCCUGACCCCAACCUUCGAUGUUCUGAAGAGCAGCAUGUUUUCUGCAGGAAAAGGGGUGGCGGAGAAGGCCAGCAAGUGGUAUUCAAAGUUCGCCACCUACGCGGCAGCAUCGAAGGAUCAAAACUCAGACCGAGCAAGCGUGUCGUCCCUCGGGGCCCUGGACUCGGAAUCUGCCUCUCUCACCGACGAAGACGUGUGCAACGAUCUGGAAAGCAGCUCUUCUCCUUGGGACGAUGCGUCGUCAGCUUUCAAGCGCAUCGGCCUGAGCUCCACCAGUCUGGAAAGUGCCGCUUCUCACAACGGCUCCUCAAAGCGUUCCUCGCACUGUGGUAAGACAGAGGUGGUUCCCUUUUGCAGUCCAAGCAGCACCAGCGUUUUCCAGAAUUACGCCCUGGAGGUCCUGAUCUCCAGCUGUUCCCGAUGUCGGACCUGCGACUGCCUGGUCCAUGACGAAGAGAUCAUGGCAGGCUGGACCGCGGACGACUCCAACCUGAACACCACCUGCCCCUUCUGUGGAAACCUCUUCUUGCCUUUCCUGAAUAUUGAAAUCCGAGAUCUCCGGGGACCCGGAAGGUACUUCUUGAAGCCCAGUCCUUCUUCGGAAAACAUCCAGCUUCCGUUCCCUUUUAUGAACCAGGCCGACAAAACGUGCGUUGCUGAUCCCCUUUCAGGAUUUACUGCGACUUUAAUUCCAGCUCAAAAUGACUUGGUUUCAGAAGGGUACACAAAACAUUUGGACACCCUCUGUGCCAAGAGCAUUCAGAUCCCUUCUCAGCGAAGGCAUCCUUCAUCCAAAGACGAACCGCUUGGGCACCCCCUGUCAAGAAGCGUCAGUGCCUACAGUUCUUUAGAGAUAGAUGAAGUGGGAGUCCAUACACACAACCACGUGGUGCCCACAGGGAGCCUGCCUACAACUUUCCAGCAGAGAAUGGAGUCUUUGCAGCUGGAGUGGCAUCUGCCUAGCCCGGAGCCCAUCACUGUUCCUUAUCUAAGUCCUCUCGUUGUCUGGAAAGAACUUGAGAGCUUGUUGGAAAAUGAAGGAGAUCACGUGAUCACCGUGGCAGAGUUUGUGGACCAUCAUCCCAUCGUCUUCUGGAACCUGGUGUGGUACUUCCGACGGUUGGACUUACCCAGUAGCUUGCCUGGAUUAAUUCUGUCCUCUGAACACUGCAAUAAAAAUUCCAAGAUACCCAGAAACUGCAUCUUGGAGAACAGCAAGCAUGUUCUGAUUCAGAUGUUGUGGGACAAUAUGAAACUGCACAAAGAUCCAGGACAGCCCCUCUAUAUUCUAUGGAAUGCCCAGAGUCAAAACCGUACCCUUGUGUUUGAGACUCAGAAAUACCCAGUGGUUCGUUUACUGCAAAAGGAUGACAGUUUCUUUAACCAGGAGCUCUUAAGAAACAUGGUCAAGAGUAUUAAGAUGAACGAUGUCUAUGGACCAAUGAGCCAGAUCCUAGAGAGGCUGAACAAAGGACCACAGAUCAAAAGGCAGAGGAGUCUUUAUAGAGAGAUACUAUUUCUCUCUCUCGUUGCUCUUGGAAGAGAUAAUAUCGAUAUAGAUGCUUUCGACAGAGAAUACAAGAUGGCUUACGAUCGUCUCACCACAAAUCAGGUCAAGAACACUCACAACUGUGAUCGGCCACCUAGUACCGGAGUGAUGGAGUGUCGAAAGACGUUUGGGGAACCGUAUCUCUAA